AUGCCGCGGCAAUGCGGCGAAUUGGCGGCCCACUGCGUCUUUGCUUUUUUCUUGGCGGGCUUGGCGGGCGUGGCGUCGGACAAUGCAACUUUCCUUGCAAGUGCCUUUGCUGUGUCCUCGGACAUGCGCAACCUGUCGCCGCUCUUGAGCUCGACCGUGUUUUUGAGGAUGGGUACCUUAAUGCCGUUCGUGGCGGUCACAAAUGUCACAGCCAAGUUUGGCUUCUCCUUCGCGGUGCACACGCCGACCAACCAGAAAGGGUCGAGAGCCGAUCCCGCGGGCUCAGAGUUGACGGAGCGGGGGAGCCGCCGGGAGAAUUGGCAUUGCGCCCUGUGCAAUAAGCGCGCCCGCGGCGGGCGCGGGCUGAGCCCGCCCCUCCCCGUGCGCGGUGGGAAGGUGGUGGCAGCCCCUCGCGUCGAGGGCGGCGCGGCGGCGGGCGCUGCCGGCCCUUCCAGGGUCCAUCAGUUGAGCUGCAGCGCGGUCACGCCAGGAAACGCCAUUCCAGAGGAGUACGCCGCGGCGCGCGCAGUCAGCCUGCAGCCCCCGCAGGAGGCUUUCAGAGUCACGGAGCCCGCCUUGGGUGGGACCGCGCUCCUCUCCGCGCAGCGCGCGCAGCGCAGCGCGCUUCCUGUAGGCAGCACCGCUGGACUGGACGGCGACGCGGUGGCCCGGGGCAACAGCGCCUCCACGGCCGCCACUGCGCCCUCGCGGUCGCCCUCGUCCUCCAUGUCCUCCACCGCGGAGGCGCCGGACGGCAAGAAGCGCCCUUCCGUCACGAAGCUCCUCAAGCGCUACAAGAAGGAGGACUUUGUCACCCUCGGAGAGUCGCUUGGCAACGGCUCCUACGGCAGCGUCACGAAGGUAAAGCAUGCGGCAACGGGCGAGAUCUUUGCCAUGAAGGCCAUUCCCAAAAAGAAGGUGACCGAGCACCAGAUGAACGCGUACCUCUUUCGGGAGGUGAGCACGCAAUUCCGGAUGGACCACCCGAACAUCAUCAAGCUGUUCUAUUGGUUCGAGGAUGCCAGCUACGUGUCGUUGCUGCUCGAGUACGCGGACGGGGGCUCGCUGUUCUCCGUGAUGCGAAAACGGCAGCGCGUCCCCGAGCCAGAGGCGGCCAGGCUGUUCCUGGACGUGUCGGCCGCGCUGCACUACCUGCACAGGAAGGGGAUCGUCCACAGAGACCUGAAGCCUGAGAACAUCCUCAUGGUUGGCGGCACCGACAGCGGCAGGGGCGCGGUGGCCAAGCUCGCGGACUUCGGCUGGUGCGGAGAGCUGAAAAAGGACGGUGAGCAGAGGAACACGUUUUGCGGCACAUGGGACUACCUAUCCCCGGAGAUGGUCGAGAACGAGCCCCACGGCCCCGCCGUAGACGUCUGGGCCAUGGGUGUGCUCCUUUACGAGAUGCUGUGCGGGCGCCCGCCUUUCACCGACCCCAACCAAAAGAAGGCCAUGGACCGUAUCACGCAGGUCGACCUCAGGUUUGGGGAGUCCACGCCGGUGCUGGCCAUGGACCUCAUGCGGGGCCUGCUGAAGCGGGAGCCUGACGCGCGCCUCACAUUGGAGGACGCGAUCCGCCAGCCCUGGGUGCGCCAGUUCAUCCCGGACGCCCAGAUCGACGGCCGGUCUUCCAUUGAGGUCGCUGGCAGCCUCCCGGACAGGCCCUGCCGGCCUUCGACUGGGCCGCCGUCCAUUGCCGAGGCGCCGCCGCCGGCCGCGCCGGAGCCCUCGCCCGGCACCACCGUGGACGCCGCGCAGGAUGCGGAGCAG